CGUUUCAGUACGACAUAUUAUAACGUUACACUGCAAAAGAACGUGACCUCCGCACGAUUAAAAAGCAUGGACCGUAAAAUAAUAAUCUAAGUGCCUGUCAUGACAAUGGAAGAGUGGGAAUUUUUACUAUAAUGAUCUGUGAAAAAUUCCAAUUCCUUUCAGUAAGAUCUGUAACUUCCAUCGUUGUUCCGGUUGUUUCUGUCAGCGCUACAUCCGCUUAGUGCCACUUGUUUCGACAUGUUACAAAGAUUCUUUACUCCGCGACAUUUAAAUGGAUUAUGGAAAAGCAGCAGUUUUGUGUUAUCCCGUGUCAACAAAACGCAAGCCGUCUGGGUUUUGCCAGGACUCUACACCUGCCACUCAAGUCGUCUCUUCAGUACUGGCUAUCCACAGAAAAAGGAGAACGUCGACUUGGACAAAUGGAAAUCCGUAAUGAGGUCACAGUCUUCUUCAACUGAGCAAGAAGAUAAUGACGAUGUGGCCGCAAGCGACGAGGAUGAAAUCCCUGAAGGGAACAGUCUGGAGACAGUUCGGGAGUUGGUUGCAAUGUGGCGGUUAGCUGGUAGACUGGUACCUCAAGAGAUUUCUGAUGACCAAUUGAAGACCCUGGCAGACCUCACCACUAAGUCUGCAAGAAAAAAGUACUUAAAGUUCCUGGCCUUGAAAGAAGGCCAUAAAAGAGUGCGCAAGGAGAAGCAGCAGCAAAAGAAAGCAGCAAGGGAAGCAUUUCUCGAGCAGAAAAGAGCUCAAGAUGGAGAUAAGAAAGAAUUAAAAAACAGUUUCAUACCCCAGUUCUGGAAUCGCAACCUUGAUCGAGUCCUGGCCUGGAGGAGCAUCCAGGCCAUGUUGUUUGACCAGCCUCUGGUCUUUGACAUGAGCUACGAGUCCAACAUGUCCAGGCGGGAGAUUGAAAACACAGUGACCCAGCUGAUGGAGGUGGAAGGAUGGAACCGACGUGCCAACGAGCCUUACCAUCUACAUUUUUGUAAUCUACAACCACAUGGAGCCUACAUGAAGGAGUUCCUAAACCGCUACGGUGCAGAAACCUGGGAUCGCCUACUCAUCACUAGUACAGAAGGUCAGGCUGUUGAUCUCUUUCCUCGUGAUCGCCUCGUUUACCUCACUGCGGACUCACCCAAUGUUCUCCGUACCUUUGACCACUCAAAAGUCUACAUCAUAGGCGCUCUUGUGGACCGGUCGAUUCUCUCUGGUUUGUCGCUGGGUCAUGCCAAGCGGCUGAAGUUGGCCACAGCCCGUCUGCCAUUGGAUGAGUUCCUCCACUGGGAGAUGGGAGCCAAAAAUCUGACUCUGGACCAGAUGAUACGAAUAAUGAUAACCAUUAAGGAAACGGGCAAAUGGGAGGAGGCCCUAAAAUUUGUCCCUAAAAGGAAGCAUGUUGGCUUUUUUCACCAGAGGGAGCAACAAAUCACCAAUGAUGGAUCAGGAGAGAAUGGGGACAAGUCUUCAAAAUCCAUCGGUCCAGUAAGUAAGAAGUCUGUCAGAAGUUGGGACCAAAAUGCGUACAAGCCCAGAAGAGGGCCUGGGUUCACUGGGCUGUCGCAAAUGUCCGGACCACCCCGAAACAGAGAGAACAAACCAGCUGCGACCAGAGUGCGAGGAUCUCUUAAUAGUAGCAUGGAAGGACGACUUGAGCGCAAAAGCAGGGUGUGGUGGGACGAUUAAGGACAGUGAAAUGGACACAAUAUUUCCAUCUACACUGAUGCAAGAACACGUGAAUAAAGUAUUGAUAUACUCUU